AUGAAUCUCAAGUGGAACUCGUCUCUCGCUCUCUGUGCCGCGUUACUUGCGGGUGCAGUCGAUGCCCAAGGGGCCAACUGGGGAGGUUUCAACUCGAUCCGGAACAUAUGGACGGCCGGCGCAUCAUACGACUACAUCGGAAGUGGGGCUUUGAGUGCUUUGGCGAAUCUGACAAAGAGCGAUGAUAGAAGCUAUAGUACGACCUCGAACGGACCAAACCACAUCAACUACAUCGCCAACGCGCGUGGAGCAAACAAUGUCGUCCUCAACAAGUUUGCCUACCCUGGGGCGGUGACUGACUCUCGCUUUGCGGUGCCCACACAGGUCCUUCCCGGGUUCAGUCCCAUUAUCAACUGGAACGAUCAGAUCAACGAGAUCGUCACCGCCUUCACUGCGGCUCGUACGGCAGGCACGGCUUCAGCCAGGGAUUCUCUCUUCAUAUUCCUGGCAUCGAACACUGGAAAUGACAUUCUUGGUACCUACAACACCACCACUAACCAAGCUCAAACCAUCAACAAUUUGAUCGGAGUCAUCCGCACCAAGUUUGCCCAAAUUUACGGCGCAGGAGCUCGCAACUUUGUCUUCCUCUCUGUCCUGCCGGCCGAGCUCAUUCCCAGAAUUCAGGUACUGCCCCAGGCAGACAGAGAUAAGGUCGCCGACUUCGCGAACAACUACCGUGUAGCGGUGAACAACCUCAUCACAGAGCUUCGAAACAACAACACGUAUCGCGGGCAGAUCACCAUCUUUGCACCCGAUUUUACCCAGGGCUUGAGGUCCAUCAAGGCUGGCAUGCUGACUACCGGCCCCACCGCUGGCUACCUUGAUCGGAACGGCUAUUGCGCGGACGCUCUCCCCAUUGGCAUUGUCGUACCUCCGAAUCCUGACUACAAGUCGACCAACUGUGCCUACACUGCACGCAAGUACCUUUUCCACGACACGAUUCACAUUACCUCGCCGGCUCAUUGCGAGUAUGCUAUCAAUACUCUAGCUACUCUUGGUGUCACGGCAACACCGCAGCAGUUGGGUUGCCAAUUCGCCUAG